UUUCCCAGACCCGCCGCGGAGGAGCCUUCGUGGCUCGCGGGGGGCGGAUCAGGGCGACGUCCUGCUUGCUACAUUGACCACCUCAGUUUGCAACUCUGCUCGUUCCUGAGCUCCGUGGGAGUAGGUUUGGCAGUGCCAACGGCUGGCAUCACUUUUGCCCCAGGGGAGAAGAUGGCCGCACAGCCCAGAGAUGUGUUGGCCCCAGGACUCUCGCAGGACGAGCCAGUGAAGGGGACAGGAACGGAAGAGACGAGUCUGGCUGGGCCUGAGACAGGGAAGGCGGGAGGACGAGGCCCUCGGGUCAUCCACAUGGAGAAUAUUCGGGAUUUCUGGGAAAGAACCAUCCCAGAGGAGGUGAGCCGAGAGCCCCGCAAGGGCCUGCAGCAGCGCUGGGAAUCCCAACUGCAAGAGUUCCUGAAGGUCCUGGAGUCGCCCCACGCGGAAGGGGAGGGCCCACAGCCUCUGGGGCCCCUCCCUCCGAACAGGGUUAGAGCUCCCCCAGCUCCCGUGUCAGGGAUGGCAGACCCCAGCCAUCGGCCUAGAGGCGAGAGAGCCUCCCAGCUCCCGCCCGGCUUGAGUGGGGAAGCCCACCAAGCUGAGAGAGGCACCCUGGCCAAAGACAAGAUGGACAGCUGGAGCUCCAAAGGGGAGACCCCCGGCCACAAAGCCAUCAGCUCGCACGACGAAUGCCGCCUCUUCCGGCAGUUUGGCUACCAGGAGGCCGAGGGGCCCCGCGAGGCUUGCCGGCACCUCCGCAGGCUGUGCCACCAGUGGCUGAAGCCCGAGCGGCACACCAAGGAGCAGAUCCUGGAGCUGGUGAUCCUGGAGCAGUUCUUGGCUGUCCUGCCCCCGGAGAUGCAGGGCUGGGUCCGGGAGUGCAGCCCGCAGACCUGCACCCAGGCGGUGAUCCUUGCCGAAGACUUCUUGCAGCGGCAGCAGGAGAACGAGGCCCAGGAAGAGCAGGCCCUCAACCCAUUUGAGGAGGAAAAUUCGGCGGAAAAUGCUCCAUCGGAAGCCUGGCGGAGGCCGCUCUUUGGGGUGAUGAAGCAGGAGGGGGACGGAAGCGCUGCUCUGUUGGCAGGCAAUGUAAAGUUAUGCAGGACAGAGAAAAAUAACCCAGGAAACUCUGGGGCUCUGGAGUCCCAUUGGAUGUUGUCCGAAAGAGCUGAGAUAAAUGUUCCACACUGUCCUGAUCGGGAAGAUGGUUGUGAGGUCCUGUACGGGAACUGCCUAGAAAGGGAAGGAGGCAAAUUCAUUAACUCCCAGGGCACAUACGAGGACCUGGAUGAAACCCUCGUGCAGCAAGGGAUCCUCCCUGGCGAGAGAGACAAUGCUUGCCACGUCUGUGGGAAACUGUUCCGCCGGAGGUCCAAUCUUAUCGCUCACGAGAGAACCCACUCUGGGGAGAGAUGGUACAACUGCUCAGAUUGCGGGAAAAGCUUUGUCAGCCGCGCCGCCUUCCUCAUCCACCAGCGGGUACACACUGGCGAGAAGCCCUACAAGUGCUCUUACUGUGGCAAAGGCUUCAAUACGGGUUCCAGUCUCACAAGACACAAGAGAAUCCACACGGGCGAAAAGCCCUACAAGUGCCCUGAUUGUGGGAAGCGCUUCAAUGACUACUCUAACUUCAUUGUCCACAAGAGGAUCCACACAGGGGAGAAGCCCUAUGAGUGCUCCAUCUGUGGGAAGCGGUUCAGUGACAACUCAAACUUUAUCAAGCACCAUCAUUGAGAGGCGGGGUGUGUCUUUUUCCUUGUAAGCAAAAAUCUUGGUGAAAAUCUUCGUACAGCCUAUUGAGGCAGUCUAGAUACUCCCCUUGCUGUAAUGGGAGUUUGGGCCACAGCCAGAAUUCAGACUCCCAUCAGCCUCUGUGGUCCUGGCAAACAGCGAGCUUGACUGGGGUGGGUACUGUUUUGACAAGGCAGCGGGAGAUGGCCAGCUACGUUUCCCCUCCACACGUCUAUCCAAGUAGCCCGCUCGAGUUAGCUUUGCUUCCGAUCCAAAUUUGCACCAGUAUCUCUUUCACAGCCUGCUAAUUCAGUCACUCUCUGAAUUACUUCUGCACGCAAGAUCACGGCACCAAGUCUCUGGUAACUAGAAAGGUAGUGCAGAAUGCCUCCUUCUGAUAUCACUCUGCAAGUACUGGAAAAACUGUCACAAAGAGGAAGCACAGGAUCUCUUCUCGUCCGUUCCAGGGUGUAGGACACGGGAUAGUGGACUUAAGUUAAAAGAAAGCAGAUUUGGACAAGAUACCAGGAAGAAUUUCCUCACAGUCAGAGCAGUACAACAAUGGAACCUUUAACCUGGGGAAGACAUUCAGCAAGUGUCUGGACAGUCUUCUGAGUGGGACGGUCUAACUUGGUGUCCUGCAAUAGCAGCGGGCUGGACCCCAUGGCCUUCUGACCCCUUCCAACUCUAAUCUUCUGUGAUAACACUCUUCUCCUGUCAAUCAUACACUCACAACAACAACCCUGUGAGGUGGGUUGGGCUGAGAGUCAAUGACUGGUCUCUGAUUCUACAAUUCCUCACCUGCUGUCCUUCACUCAGUGCAGGAUUGUCCAAGCAGGAUGUAACUACAGCUUCCCUGACAGAAAACUUUCCACCUGGCAACUUCAGUGCCUCCAGUGAAGGAGGAUUUGGCGGCUCCGCAGGGAGCCUGCUGAAUGGCAUCCCUCUCCUUUAGGAAGCUCUCCUGAUGGUUGACCAAACCCCGCUUCUUUGGCAUCGUGACCCUUUGCUUCUCCUCCUGAGCUCUGGGCCAACAGGCAAAAGCUCUCCCCGCCUUCUGGCUGAACAGUGGCCCUCUGGCGGUUGGAAAGCGGUUGUCCUGUCUGCCUUUCAUAGGGGUCCCAGGAGAUCAGGGCUCAUUGUGAUUUAAGUCAGACCUGCAGAACCUCUUUCAGCCCAAGAUCCAAAAUCUGUUUCAGAGCAUGGUGAAGAGGGGGACUGAAAUGCCCCAAACACGAAGAUCCUUGAGUUUAAAGCUCUGAAUUCCUGGUAGCUAAGUCUCUUGAGUGGCCGUUCAGCUUUUGAGAAUGGGAGAGAUGAUGCACAAGAUGUGGGAAAAUACUUCAGGACUGGUGAGCAUUGCAAAGGUGGGUGGAAGAAGGGGAAAGGCGGCUUGCAGAAUGGUAGAGGGCCAGACUGAGUGGGCCUGAAUUCAUUCCCAGGUCUGAGGUUCUCUAUCCCCAAUUUAGGUGGUCUUGGGCUGUAUGAUGUUGUUCCCCAGACAAUGGCUCAGCCUUCCACAUCUUCUCCCCCCUCACCUGCCUAAAAUGUCUUUCUUAGAAGAGGAAGAGGGGGGAAAUGGGUGAUAAGGGAGGCAGAGCACGCUUGUCCUUGUGGAGCCAGCCACGGUCUGCUUCGCACGGGCUGAACGCAGCAUAGGAGCCAGGAAGUCAUCCCCUGGGAACCAGGAUUCCUGAGGAGCGACACACGCUCUUCCAGCACAGGAUCAAUUCCAUGACCUUGCCUGGCGCUCUGUGUUCCUCCGUGAAUUGCAGAGCUGGGUAAGUCUCCUCUGUGGAAGGCAGUGAACUCAGAGCGGGGAUUCGCCCAGAGAGGCCUCAGGCACCCUCCUGUGGUCCAGUUGCCCCUGCUGAGGAGGCGAACAAGCCUUCACUGCCAGCAGAGGCUGGCUGGGAAUUGGUGGGACCAGAGCAGAGAUGCGACAGACACUGUGGGCUUCCCGGUGGUAAUGGAUCCGGACUCUUAUCAGGCCGAGGCAGCAAGGGAAAUUGUUUGGGAUGAUGGGAGUUGUAGUCCAACAAGCCACUGAGGAGCCACGUGGCUUCCUCACCACAGCGAAGGAUUUGUUUCUCAUGGUCUGUGGUCUGGGAAUUAGUCGGGGUGAUUGGCAGCGCUCAGUUGCCAUCUCAAGGCCAAAAUGUUCUGGGGCUUUUCAGGGCAGCUUGUUCUGAUCUGGUGUGGGCCAGAUGUGCUGGACGGCAGUGAAUGAAGUGAGUUUUCUUUUCACACAUCUGUGCAAAUUUGACCCAGUGAGGAAAUCGAGAGGGUUCAGUGUCCUCUCAAGAUGGCAGAAGCAAAGAAUUCUGGGAGGGACGUGAAGUGACACAUUGAGUUUAGUUAUGCCAUUACUCCAUCAGACUAGAAUUCGGCCUACACAAUACAUUCAGCAAAUCGGUUUCAUUCAUGGAAUUUCUCUUCCUUGCUGCCUUCACCUUGUCUUUUGGUAGGGCUGCCAACUGAUCAGUAAACAGUGGCUGGGCCUGCUCCUGUGCCCUCAGCAGGAGCCUGAUGCAGAGGAAAUCAUAGGUGGUGCAUUUCUUGGCGUGGGGAUCCUCUGCUAAGGCCUGCUAUUGAAAUUGCUGCUAAAGGCACAAGAGCAGGGACACAUAGAAAACUUGGUAACCCUCCCUACACUACAUCCCCUCCCUGGUCAGCAUGAGAACCGAAAGUCAAUGAAGUGGCAUGUGGGAAAAUCAGAUGUGCUUCUGCUUCCUUUCUCAAAACGGCUUUCACAAAGUUAGAGCCAUAGAAAAAUGUAAUUUGACAUGGUCCAUGAAGGUCAACUCUUCCCAAACAAACAGGCUAACAAGUGUACAAGAAAGGUAAGAGAGUGGAGUGGAGUGGUUAAAGCAGCCUUCACUAACCCAGUGCCCUCCAGAAGGCCAUCACACAAGGGUGAAAAUAUUGUUGGAUUGCAGUUCCCAUCCGCUCCAGGCAGUGGCUAGGAAUGCCAGUCCAAAAGCAGUUGGAAGGAUGCUGGACUAAACUUGGGGUUCGAAUCUGGCCCUCCCAGCUAUAAGGUUUGCUGGCGGGGUGAUCCUAUGCAUGUUUAUACAGAAAUAAGCCCUCCUGUGUUCAUUGGUGCUCUCUCACUUUUCCAUGUGAGCAGGCUGAGCGUCUGGGGUGAAGCUUUCUCAGCACAGCCUACCCCACGGGUGCUGUGAUGGGGGCAAGGCAGAGGAAUGAACUGUGCUGCUCACCCUGAGCUCCAUGGAGGGAUGAGGGGGUGGAGGUACAGUUGGAAAAGCCUAACAUAAAAGGAGCGAGAAGGACUAAAAUCUCCAAACCACCCUACCCCGAAUGCAAAGUGGACUUGGGGAGCCCACCCAGAACUGGGCCCGCUCCUUCACGGGUUGAAACAAAAGUCCCAGCCUGGAGGGCCAAAGCAAAACAAUUCCUGGAUUAAAUUGGAGGGGGAAGAGCCUGAGUCCCCCCUGAACGUGACUGAGUUAUAUACGUAGUGCUGCUCCUCCCCGACCAUGAGCCAUGUUGGCUGGGGCUGAUGUGAGUUGCAGUCCAACAGCUUCCCCUGUGUGAUGGGCUUCGAGGUGGCGCGUUUUGUCCCCUGCCCAGAUUUGCAAGCACAAAGGUUUGGCGUUGCAUAGCCCACAAUGCGGUUUGAGUGUUUAUAAAUUAAAAAGGAAGCCUUUUGCCCCAGACUGUGUCUUGCCUGUUUUUUUUAAAGUGUGAUGGAUUCUCUGCUGUUUCCACUUUGUGGCCUCCUAGAGGCGUUUCUUUCCUGGGUAGUUU